AUGUGCUAUGGAACUUACGUCGUAUCGUACUCUUGUGGCCACGUGGUCUACACGACAAGUGUAUGUUUGCAAGAUAUCGCACCACACUACCUUUGCGAGCCGCGAGGUAUGAAAAUAACACAGCCGCCUGGGAGGUGUGUGGAGUGCUACGCUCGUGGGUUGGAACCAAACCAAAACUUGCCUACCACCGCGAAGUUCACUCCAGAUCCGGAAGCCAAGGAGAAUACCUUACCAGAGCUUGAUGUCAGAUUCGCUCGUGACAGUGAAGGGUCUUCGAGAAGCAGUGUUGGUAGCCUAGCAGCUUCCGACAUCGCGAAAUGGAUCAUGGCGUUGCCAUCUGGACUGUCGCCCACAUUCGAACAAAGGUCCUUCAUUAGGUUGGAUGAAGGACGCUGGUCUUGA